UGUGCCAGCAAGGUGAAUGGCGGUCUGUACACUACCACUAAAGACUAUCCUGAUGAAGCUGUCCAUUUUGCCAGGAGUCAUCCACUGAUGUAUCAGCCCAUCAGGCCUGUUCAUAAGAGACCAAUACUAGUUAAAACAGAUGGAAAAUACAACCUUAAACAAAUAGCAGUGGACAGAGUGGAAGCUGAAGAUGGGCAAUAUGAUGUCUUGUUUAUUGGCACAGAUAAUGGAAUUGUGCUGAAAGUCAUUACAAUUUAUAAUCAAGAGACAGAAUCAAUGGAAGAAGUGAUUCUUGAAGAGCUGCAAGUAUUCAAGGUGCCAGUUCCUAUUAUUUCUAUGGAAAUCUCUUCCAAAAGGCAACAGCUGUAUGUUGGCUCGGAGUCAGUCAUAGCGCAAGUGAAGUUCCACCAGUGUGACAUGUACGGCACCGCCUGUGCGGACUGCUGCCUCGCUCGAGAUCCGUACUGCGCGUGGGACGGGAUCUCCUGCUCCCGGUACUAUCCCACAGGAAUGCAGGCAAAGAGACGUUUCCGCAGACAAGAUGUUCGACACGGAAAUGCAGCGCAGCAGUGCUUUGGCCAACAGUUCAUUGGUGAAGUCCUGGAGAAGACUGAGGAGAGACUUGUUUAUGGAAUAGAGUACAACAGUACCCUUCUGGAGUGCACCCCUCGGACCUUACAAGCAAAAGUAAUCUGGUUUGUCCAGCGAGCACAUGAAACUAAGAAGGAAGAGGUGAAGACAGACGACAGAAUAAUCAAAAUGGACCUUGGCCUCCUAUUCCUGAAGCUACAUCGGCUGGAUGCAGGGACCUAUUUUUGUCAGACAGUGGAACACAGCAUUGUUCACACUGUCAGGAAAAUCACCCUGGAAAUAGUCGAGGAAGAACGUGUAGAUGAAAUGUUCAAUAAAGACUAUGAGGAGGAGAUACCUCACAAAAUGCCAUGUCCGAUGCAGAGCAGUAUACCUCAAGCAUCAAAGCCAUGGUACAAAGAAUUUCUUCAAUUAAUAGGUUACAGCAACUUCCAGAGAGUGGAGGAAUACUGUGAAAAAGUGUGGUGUACUGAUAAAAAGAGAAAAAAGCUGAAAAUGUCUCCAUCCAAGUGGAAAUAUGCCAACCCUCAGGAGAAGAAAGCAAGGAUUAGGCCAGAGCAUUACCGAUUGCCCAGGAACAUAGCUGACUCUUGAUGGAUGAAAUCCAUCUACUGUUUCUGGGAAAAAUCUUAUUUGGACUUAAGUAAGAGGGAGAAAUCAGUCUUGGUUUUGGUAAAUGACACAGGUUCAUAUAUAUAAAAUAUUGGGACUGAAAACAAAAACGCCAUGAUAAGUUAUACUAUACAUUCAUGAUGACUGUUUAGAAGCAUUUUAAACAAAACCUUCUUAACUAUCUGAUUCUAAGUAGGUCAAUGCAAUCAGAGUUUUGCAUUAGGGAGGACAUG